UGUGGUUUCCCAAAUGAAACACUAGAAGAGGGAGGGAUCUCUUAAAUAUUUUGAGCUAGUUCUUUCAAUUAGUAUUGAAGCUCUCAAUCCAGAAGAUCUGGAUACAUAUAAGAAGCAUGGAAUUCAAGGAGCAACAAGAAAUAAGGAGGAAGAGGUAUCUUGUCACAAGCUUUUGAACUAGUGGGGCCACAAAUAUCAUAAAAAUGGACAAUUUGGCGUAUGAGUUGCUGUGACAGGUGGAAUAAUUUCAAAGGAAUAUUGAGGGGAGCCAUCUCCACACCAUCAUGGGUUUCAAAGUUGAGGACAAGGUUAGGUAUCCAGUGUUACUGACUCCUGCUGAGAAGGAAAUGGCUCGAGAGGUUUGCAUUGCAUUCAGACAAUCGGUUUGUGGGUUUGAUCUUUUGAGAAGCAAUGGACGUUCUUAUGUUUGCGAUGUGAAUGGCUGGAGCUUUGUUAAAAACUCACACAAGUAUUACGAUGAUGCUGCCUGUGUACUGCGGAAGAUGUUAUUAGAUGUAAAAGCACCUCAUCUUUCUUCUGUCAUUCCACCAACGUUACCAUGGAAAGUAAGUGAAGUACUCCUUCCUUGUGAGUCACUAACUCGUCAGGGUAGUGGUAUUAAUGGCACUUUUGGACUCGCGGAAGAAUUACGUUGCGUAAUUGCUGUUAUUCGCCAUGGUGAUAGAACUCCUAAACAGAAGGUGAAGUUAAAGGUUACUGAAGAAAGCCUGUUGAACAUAAUGAUAAAAUACAAUGGAGGCCGACCUAGAUCUGAGGCAAAGCUUAAAAGUGCUAUUCAGCUGCAAGAGCUGUUAGAUGCCACACGAAUGCUGGUCCCUCGCACUAGACCAGAUCGAGAAAGUGACAGUGAUGCUGAAGAGGUUGAGCAUGCUGAAAAACUUCGCCAAGUUAAAGCAGUCCUUGAGGAGGGAGGACAUUUCUCUGGCAUAUAUAGGAAGGUUCAAUUAAAGCCACUAAAAUGGGUCAAAGUGACAAACAGCAAUGGUGAAGUUGAAGAACGACCCACGGAAGCUCUUAUGGUUCUAAAAUAUGGUGGUGUUCUUACACAUGCUGGCAGAAAGCAGGCUGAAGAACUUGGAAGAUAUUUCCGAAACAAAAUGUAUCCAGGUGAAGGUACGGGAUUGCUUCGCCUUCAUAGUACAUACCGUCAUGAUCUUAAGAUUUACAGCUCUGAUGAGGGUCGUGUCCAGAUGUCUGCCGCUGCAUUUGCCAAAGGUCUUCUUGACCUAGAAGGGCAACUAACACCAAUCCUGGUUUCACUUGUUAGCAAGGACUCCUCCAUGUUGGAUGGGCUUGAAAAUGCCAGUAUUGAAAUGGAAGCAGCCAAGGCUCGGUUGUAUGAUCUUAUUACCUCGGGUACGAAUACAGCUGAUAGUGAUGAAUCAGCUGAAUUUCCUUGGACAGUUGAUGGUGCUGGAUUGCCACCCAAUGCAUCAGAAUUACUUCCGAAGUUGGUGAAGUUGACUAGGAAAGUUACUGAACAAGUAAGACUACUUGCAAAAGAUGAAGAUAAGAAACUUGCAGAAAGAAGAUUAUAUGAUGUAAACACUCCUUAUGACCAAGCAACGGCUCUUGGCAAGACAAAUAUGGAUGUUGAUCGUAUAGCUGCUGGAUUACCUUGUGGAAGUGAGGGGUUUCUACUGAUGUAUGCUCGGUGGAACAAGCUUGAAAGGGAGUUGUAUAAUGAACGCAAGGAGCGCUUUGAUAUUACUCAGAUUCCAGAUGUUUAUGAUUCAUGCAAAUAUGAUCUGUUGCACAAUGCCCAUCUUAAUCUAGAAGGACUGGAUGAGCUUUUCAAAGUUGCUCAGGCACUUGCUGAUGGUGUAAUUCCAAAUGAAUAUGGAAUUAAUCCAGAGCAAAAGCUGAAAAUUGGUUCAAAGAUAGCUCGUCGGUUAUUGGGAAAACUUUUAAUUGAUCUGAGGAACACUCGAGAGGAAGCCAUUAGUGUUGCUGAGCUAAAGAAAAACCAAGAUGAUCACACAUUAAGCAUGAAAACUGAAAAGGAAGAUGCAGAGGCCAAGUCAAAACUUCAUCACAGGAACGAUGAAGCGCGAAGAUCCACCACUUCCAACACUUUGUCCAUGAAUGAAACACCCAUAGAUCAAGAUGAUGAUGAUGAACAAACCAAAUAUCGUUUGGAUCCAAAGUAUGCAAAUGUGAGGACACCUGAGCGUCACGUGCGGACACGCCUAUACUUUACAUCAGAAUCACAUAUCCAUUCACUUAUGAAUGUACUUCGGUUUUGUAAUUUGGAUGAAUCUCUUCAAGGAGAAGAGUCUCUUGUCUGCCAUAAUGCUCUAGUGCGGCUAAGUGAAACAAGGGAGCUUGAUUAUAUGAGUCAGAUUGUUCUGAGAAUGUUUGAAAACACAGAGGUGGCAUUAGAAGAUCCAAAAAGGUACCGCAUAGAGCUGACCUUCAGCCGUGGUGCUGAUUUAUCCCCCUUGGAGAAUAAUGAUUGUGAGGCUACUUCGUUGCGUCAGGAGCACACACUGCCUAUAAUGGGUCCGGAGAGGCUGCAGGGAACAGGUUCGUAUCUCACAUUAGAAACAAUGGAGAAGAUGAUUCGCCCGUUUGCAAUGCCUGAAGAAGACUUUCCUCCACCAGCAACACCAGCAGGAUUCUCCGGCUAUUUCUCGAAAAGUAUGCUUGAGCGAAUCGUAAAUCUUUGGCCUUUCCAUAGACAAUCAAGUACUGUUGGGAAAUGGUAAUACUAACACCAACCAAAGCAAGCGCUGAGCUCCUUUGGACAAAUUUUGACACAACAAACAUCAUCCCACAACCUUAACAGAAGUAAAAUCAUUAGUGGUAAAGUUCACUUUCUUCCCAGCGUCUUCAAUUCUUGUACUCAUUAUAAAUAGAAUUAGUGAUGUUCUCUCCUUGACCGGGAAAAAAAAAAAAGGAAGACAGACAGUGAUGUUCGGAAAGAGAUCAUGUUACUACUAGGUAGUUUUUGUUUUCCUUAUUGUUUAUACACGUCAAAAGAAAAUGGUGAUUCGUCUCAAAUCUUUUUGACCUUUCAUA